AUGUUACAGACACAUAUUGACAGGCGCUAUUUCCUUUUAGACAGCGAUAACGUUGGAUCGGUCUACGCCAACGACACCGUGCAAGAGAACGAAGCAUUCGCUACGGUUCCUUUCCGAAUUGCUAUUACGGAACCUGUAGCUCGCAAAGCGUUUCCCAUGCUUGAAGGAUUUUCUUGUCGAACUGUUCUUUCGCUGUUUUUGGUGCAACAAAAGCUUCUUGGCAACCAGUCGUUUUAUGCUCCUUAUCUCGACAUCUUACCGGACCAUAUCAUGACGCCAUUUUUUUAUAACGACGAGGAUUUGCACUACCUUACAAAUACAAACAUAGCCAACACUGUUAAAGAACGUAAACAAGCUAUCUAUCAGGACUAUGAAAGGGCGCUGCAAGUUCUUGCCGACACGGUGAACAAACAAGAGUACACAUGGGAACGAUUCCUUUGGGCUUAUUCUGUGCUGUCAUCGCGAGCGUUUCCCUACAGUCUUGUUGAUCCGCAGCAUACCGAAGGCUCGGAAGUGCUUUUCCCUCUUUUAGAUGCCCUUAAUCAUAAGCCUAAUACCAAAAUCACUUGGGUACGCAGCGGCGAUGAAGAAACAGGAACGCUCACUUUUGUAUCCGGACAACAAGUAGCCGCCGGCGAGCAAAUGUACAAUAACUAUGGUCCGAAAUCGAACGAAGAAUGUAAGUAA